AUGGCUACCGAAACCCCCUCCACCCAACCUCUUCUACGCAUCUCUUCCGACUCGGAAUCUUCUUUCGAUGCAAAAGCACCUCAUGUUUCCUUGCGCGAGCUAGAAGAUGGCAACGGCUCCAUCUUUGCUUCGGACGAGGAGGAGAUAGUAUCGCGACCUGGGUUCUGGCGCCGGCUAAGAAUGAGCAUUCGAAGACGGAAUGCAAAGUUGCGGGUCGACGAGGACUGUGGACGUGUGAGGCUACCGGAUGAAAAGACGCAGUCGAAGAAGUAUCGAGUGAAGAGGAAAUAUGCAGCUAAAGCCUGUGUUAUAAUACCGCUGCUGGUAUUCAUCUUCUUUGGUGUUCUUCACAUCGUCAACGUAUUUCUCGGCUACGUGCCUACCUUUCUGGAUGAUUAUGUAGUCUCGUCGUUCGACUCGAGUGUGUUAGACAAGGCGCAGCUCUUAGAUAUAACACGCGACGUAACUCCGGUCCCUUGCCACUCGCACAACGACUACUGGCGCCGAGUACCGUUGUACGACGCCCUGCGCUGGGGUUGCACAGGCGUCGAAGCAGAUGUUUGGCUCUUCGAUGAGGAGCUGUACGUUGGUCACAGCACCAACGCCCUGACGCAAGAUGGCACCUUUACGUCCAUGUACGUUGACCCAUUGGUCAAGAUGCUAGACCAUAAGAACGAACUCGGAGACUUCUCCACUUCAUCCAAUGUCAAGAACGGCAUCUUUGACACCGAGCCUGCGCAGACUUUGGUCCUACUAGUCGACUUCAAGAACAACGGCCACGACAUCUUCCCCGUCGUAUCGCAACAACUCAACGCACUCCGCGAAAAGGGCUACCUCACCUACUUCAACGGCAACACCACCAUCGAGGGCGCCAUCACUGUCGUCGCAACCGGCAACGCCCCCUUCGACCUCAUCACCGCAAACUCAACCUACCGCGACAUCUUCUUCGACGCUCCCUUGGACAAGCUCGAUGAAGGCUCAGUCACCACUCGCGGCGGCCAAGGCACAGUCGGCACAACACCCUCGUCCCACUUCGACAGCACAAACUCAUACUACGCAUCCGUCAACUUUGGCCACUCAAUCGGCACACUUUGGUUCGGUCGCAUCACCGAAGCUCAACGCCUUAAGAUCCGCGCUCAGAUCCAAAGUGCGAAGGAAAGGGGACUGAAGUCGCGCUACUGGAGUGCGCCUAAGUUUCCCAUUGGACUGAGGAACAGGGUGUGGAAGAUGCUGGUUGAGGAGGAUGUGGGGUAUUUGAAUGGCGAUGAUCUGCAGGGUAUGACAAGGUUGGAUUGGGGGGUUAAGAGACACUGGGGUUUGAUCGGUUGA